AUAUAAACGCAGUCUCAAUACUCUGCCAAACCUAAUUACAUAGACACUGCUAAAAUGUCGAUCAUAUUAAAGUGUUCUUUAUUAUUUCUUCUAAUAAACUGCACAGGCAGUGAGCCACUGGCCGGCCAUGCUUCUAAAUCCCGGAAAGCUAAACGCACUGUUGACGAUGAUAAAAGCAGUUUGGUGUUUGUGUUUGAUACCACCGGCUCCAUGAUGAACGAUUUGAAGCAGCUACGUGAAGGUGCUGAGAUGAUACUCAACACGGCGCUGAAGGAGAGCAAUAUUAUUGGUGACUUUGUCUUCGUGCCCUUCCAUGAUCCAGCGGUAGGACCAGCCACUGUCACUCGCAACAAGCAUGUCUUCAAAAAUGCAUUGAAUAUUGUCCGGGUGUACGGCGGCGGUGAUUGUCCCGAGAAAUCGCUGAGUGGUAUACAACUCGCGCUGAACGUCAGCAGGCCAAGGUCCUUCCUUUACGUGUUCACCGACGCUACUGCGGGGGACCACAGGCUGGUGGGAAAGGUGUUGGAUGAGGUGCAAAGGAAACAAAGUCAGGUUGUUUUCGUGCUCACUGGACACUGCAAUGACCUGCAGAAGCCGUCCUACAAAGUGUACCAUCAGAUCGCCGCUGCCAGUUCUGGACAAGUGUUCAAUUUGAAUAAAACUAACGUCCAUAAGGUUCUAGACUUCGUGCGAAGCUCAAUAAUGGGUAGAAGUGUAAAUCUUGGCUCAGUUAUCAAGCCUGGCGGACAAAAUUAUACACAUGAGUUACCAGUGGACAGUACGUUAUCAGAAGUAACAGUAUCGGUGUCUGGAGCUAAGCCCAAGAUCAAGGUCGUGAACCCGAGCGGCGAAGAGUUGAAGGGACCACCGCAACUGGUCACCACUUUGGACUUAUCUGAAAUCAUGGUGGUGAAGGUACUGCAGCUAGAGCCUGGGAACUGGACCAUAACAGUAGGUAGCGAGGACGACUAUUCCGUGAAAGUGGUGGGCCUCUCCAACUUGACCUUCACCCACGGAUUCUCAGUGCAGAAGCCGCACACCGUCGUGGAGACCAGCUAUAGACCGCUCAAAGGCACAUACAAUCACAUGUUGAUAUCGCUGUCCCGAGCGGACGCGCCGGUUGAUCUAAACUACGUCGAAAUACAAACGUUAGACGGCAAGGUAUUGUUUGAAGUGCCUCUAAAGUACUUCGACAAACGAAAUAAGGUGUAUAUAGCUGAUGCCUUCUUGCCUCCUGACGAUUUCUUCUAUAUUGCAAUCAAAGGCACUGCACAAGACGACCAAGAAAUAAGGAGGGUCGGUACGACUGCUGUGCAACCAAAAGAUCCGGAUGUACCUUACCUAACAACAAUUCGAAAGGUGGAAGCUCGCGCCAACCAGCGCGUGGUACUCAAGUGUCACGUGGAGAGUCUGGUGCCCGUCACCGCUGCGUGGACCUGGAACAAUGAGAAGAUACAGCCGCAGGUUUCUAGUUUACAGAGCACAAUAGUGGAGUACAUAAUCGAUAGAAUGACAGAAGAUAAGUCAGGCACGUAUAGGUGCGUCGCGAAGAACGCGGCCGGCGUUAGCAAAAGUGUCACGGAAGUCAAGCUUGCAGUUGAUCCACCACAAGUGACAAUCAGUCCUGAAAACAGGACGGUGGAGGUCGGCGACGAGAUCACUAUAUCGUGCACGGUCUACACCGAAGUGUUACUGCAAAAAUUCCAGGUCGUCUACAACGGAACUAGCGGACAGAGAUAUUAUAAAAUCCAGUUGGAGCCGAGUAUAGAUGGCGUGUACAAUUUCAACACCACCAUGAAACAUGUGAAGGAAACUGAUGCUGGGGUAUACUCCUGUGUUGCCGCUAAUAGAGGUGGUGAAACAACCCAGUCGACGUCCAUAACUGUUCGAGCCCCGCCCACAGCUCAAUUACUCGGUCCUCACAUCAUAAAGAAAGCAAUACACACAGAGCUACAAUUAGUUUGUCACGUGGAAAACGCCGAUACCUUACAGUGGAUCGCGCCCAAUCAUACAGUUGUAUCAGAAAUGGCCGUGAAUGGUUCAUAUAAUGCUGUUUUCGAUAUUAAAAAUGUAACAGAAGAGGGUUUCUGGAAAUGUGUCGCGCUAAGAAGAGAUAAUAGAGCCGAUGACAAAGUGGAGUUAAAAAUCACCAUCAGGCCUGCCGCUAGCAUCGUGGGCGAGAGGAAUAUAACGAUACUGAACGGGACGGUAUACAACAUCUCUUGCACUGUGGUCGCCACGCCGCAGCCCAGGAUCAUAUGGCACAGGGAGACGGAGGAGUUCCUCAACCAUACAGUGACACUUGUAAAGCCGGGUGUUUACAGAAGUGUUCUCACACUGAACAGCUCUAAAGAAAAUGUCGUUGGCAUGUACUUCUGCUAUGGAGAGAACUCUGAAGGGAUUGGGUAUGACAACGCGACCGUCAGGGUCAGGAGAAAAAUGACCUUAAUAGAACCAUUUUCAAAUAAGUCAGUGGAGUUAUACUCCCAAGUCGAGUUUCGCUGCAAAGUCGAUAGUUAUCCAGAAGCGACUGUAAUUUGGCGUCACAACGGUACAGUGGUGACGAGUAAUAACAAUGUACUUACCUCCGAGGGUAACACUGAACUCGCCAUACUGAAAAUGGACUUUAAUGAUCUGGGUGUUUACUCAUGUGAAGCCAAUAACGGAUUUGAGACGCUCAUUGUAAAUUCUACUUUAAGUGUCACAGGUUUAGAAAGUCCACAAAUUAUGAAAGAGCAUAAAGCAACUACAGUGCAGAGCGGACAUCCUACUAUAAUAACAUGUAGAGUUAUAUAUGGGAAACCAGAACCGAUAAUAUCAUGGCAAUACAGAAAAAAUACAUCUGAAUCGUUCCACGAGUUACCACACGAUAUUUUACCAAAUCAUAAUCAAUCACAACUCAUUAUAUUGAACGUUACAAUCGAUCAUGGCGGUGUGUAUCGAUGCAUCGCUGAAAAUUUAUUGGGAAGAGAUGAAUUCAUUACUUCUUUAAUCGUACAAUAUCCUCCACAACUAGUUAUAAAAAAAGAAGAAUUGAAAAAAAUGGAACAGCCUAUAGAAGUAGAAGUUGGCAAGAGUAUAGAAUUCUCCUGCGAAGCUUAUGGCAAUCCACUACCUAUAGUAGUUUGGACUAAGGACUACCGCCCGGUAGUAUAUUCGAAGAACAUAUAUUUGGGUGACAGCAACGAGUUAAAAAUAAAAGAAGUAACCCCAUAUGACUCUGGAUUGUAUACGUGUAACGCUUCGAGUGUUAUGGGAUCGUCGCUACGAAACUUCACUUUGGUUGUCUAUGCUCCUCCUCGGAUGGUGGAUGUGAAGUCGACGGAGCCUAUAGAAGUGGAGGUGGUGGAAGGCCAGGUGGCGACACUGGCGUGCGCAGCGGACGGCUGGCCAGCUCCAAGCAUUCGCUGGCUGCGAGCUGGCCAUGACCUCGUAGACCCCAGGAAACAUGUCGACCGAUUUGGUUUACGGUUUGUAGCCAACUUAACCGACUUUGGAGAAUACACUUGCAUCGCCAGUAAUGAGUUUGGUAAUGCAUCAGUAUCGUACACGCUUUACGUUUGGGUGCCACCGUCCAUUGAUCCACCAUUAGUGAUGAAUAAGGACGUAGUUAUAGGAAGUAAUAUUAGUUUGCAAUGCGAUGCCGUUGGCUUCCCUGUACCGUCAAUAUUUUGGGAAUUGGAGGAUGAAAUAUUGACUGAAAACACCACGGAUCUGAGUUUCAAUGAAUAUGGUAGUUUACACAUAAAUAACGCAACUUCUAAACGAGAAGGCUUGUAUGUAUGCGUGGCGGAAAAUAUAGCCGGCAUUGUCAAGAAGACUAUACAACUUCGUGUAAAUGAGCCUCCAAGUAUAGUAGCAGACGAUUUUCCCGGCCCAUAUAUUGCUACUAACAUGGAUGACGAGUUAUUGGUAACUUGUAAAGUCACAGGCAAACCUACACCUUAUAUUUUAUGGUCGAAGGAUGAUUAUUAUCUGGACAUAGAUUCACGUUACGUGAUCGAGCCCGACGGUAGUAUAAUUAUAAAACGACCGUCCGAAGAACUGAGCGGAUUGUACACUUGCAUCGCAAACAAUACCGUCGGUGUUGUGAACAAGACUGUCUCCGUUGAAAUAUAUUCGUUGCCGACGCAUUCGCAAGUGCAAUCAGACGAGUCGCGGUCGACGGUCACCGUCGUGGAGGGGAGCGACGUCACCAUCGACUGUCCCAUACGGGCCGCCUACAGAGAUGUUGUUAAAUGGUAUAAGGAUGCAGUCCUAGUAACCGAAGGCCAGCAACUAUCGCUUCACAAUGUGUCCCGCAGCGGUGGCGCGACCUACGCGUGCGUGGUGUCAAACGCGGCCACUUCUGUCGCUGCUACCGUAGUAUUACGCCCCGAGUGGCCACCAGCCUUCCUGAACGAACCGACGGGAGAUGUGGAGGUUGUGAGGGGAGACGAUUGGUAUUUCGACUGUGAGGUGGACGCGAAGCCAGAGGCUAAGACAAAAUGGCUAUUCAACUCCCGAGUGUUGUUAUUCGAAGACAAGCCGCGAUUGAAGUUAAUCAACACACAAGUACAUAACACGGGCACAUACAAAUGCAUCGUGAACAAUCAACACGGGACUGUGUCUAGACGCUUCACCCUGGAUGUUUUAGUGCCACCUUUUAUUUCGGAGUUUGAUCUACUGGACGUCCAACUCAAAGAUGGAUCGAAUGCGACACUGAGCUGCGAUGCGAAGGGUUCGCCCAUACCCGAUAUCAAAUGGACUUUUACGAAUUCAAAAUGGCGCGUGGAGAACACAACGCUUGUAGGAACUAACGUGUCGAGCGAUUCAGAAGGACUGUACCGAUGCGAUGCGACGAACAAAGCUGGGGUGGCCCACCUAGUGUACAGGGUGGAGGUCGUGUCGGCGCCGCUGGUGCAGGAGCUGGUGACCUUCGUCGGUGGUCCCGGGGUGACUUCUAAUGGCACGGUUGAAGUUGCGCUCGGCACACAUACUAGGAUAUCAUGCAAGGCGUCCGGCAAUCCAGUGCCCAAUAUACAGUGGAUACGAAACGGAGUGGUUUUAAGCGAGAACUCUCCGGAUAUUGGGUACGCUGACCUCACACUAGAGAGGGUCCAGGUCUCACAGGCGGGUGUCUAUUCGUGUAUCGUCAGUAAUGAAGCAGGCGUCGACGAGAGGAGGAUUAAGCUUGAAGUUUUAGAACCGCCGAAAAUUUUCCAAACUCUCUUCCAAGAUGAUAACCAGACCAGUGGCGUGGUACAUAUGGAGGUGGUGUCUGGACAGUCGUUCUACCUGCACUGCCACCCGUACGGCAACCCCACGCCUGAGGUCUACUGGUUCAAGGACGACCUCCCGCUCACCUUGUACGAUGACACCAUGGUGACGGCGGACUAUGGGGAAGUUAUUACCUCUAGGAACGCACUGUACGAACAAUCGGGUAACUACACGUGCGUCGCCAUAAAUAAAGUGGGAAAUGCCAGCGUUUCGUAUUUGGUAGACGUGUUAGUUCCCCCGCCGACACCAAAGGAAAGUUUGAAACCCACGUUCGUCCGUAUAGGCAGGCCUCUGAACCUAACGUGUCCAGUGGAAGGCAGCCCAUUACCUUACGUCAUGUGGCUCAAAUAUCCGUACGUCGAAAUCGGAGGCAACUCCAGGGUCGCUUUACUGAAUGACAACUUUACUUUGUUAAUAAACAGCACCGAAAUAUCGGACAGUGGGAAGUAUUCUUGCAUAAUGACAAACAAAGUGGGCACCACUGAAGUGGUAUUCGAUGUGACCGUGGAGAAGCCGCCUACCAUCGUGGCGAAUGUGGGGAACAAUAAUGUGGAACACCACGUGGUGCCGCUGAGGGGGAGCAUCGUGUUGAGCUGCCAAGCGGACGGCCACCCUCCACCGAAGAUUACUUGGUUGAAGGACACGCAGCAGCUGCACAGCGCGAAUAACGUGCAAAGCAUCCCGGGCGGCAGCAUGGUGGUAGUAUGGGCGGCGAGCGUGCGGGACGCGGCGCAGUACGUGUGCGUGGCCGACAACCGCGCCGGCACCCGCCACCGCCGACACCACCUCGCCGUCAGAGUACCAGGCAAGUGGAGCGCGUGGACUCCGUGGAAUUUGUGCAACUCGACUUGCGGACUCGGACAUCAGACUCGCACCAGAGUCUGUCAGUACAUCGACGAAUACAAUGUACCAUUUGAUAAAAACACUCGGCCAGACAGGGUGAUUGUGGACGAGUCAGCGUGCAGAGGGACCGCCACAGAGACGAGGAGAUGCCACAUGCCACCGUGCGAGGAGCAAACACAGUCACGCUGGUCGAAAUGGUCAAAAUGGUCACCGUGUACCGCCGAGUGCGGUGUCGGGACACAGUCGCGCAGCCGCCGCUGCAGAACUACUACGCCAUGCUACGGAGAUCAUAUAGAGAUAAGAAAGUGUCCAAAUCUACCGAAAUGCAGUUCCAGUCACGAUGCAUCAGAAAAUGAAGUUUAUAGUAGUAGAGAAGAAAAUACCUCGAAUAAUCAUUUCGCGGCAGAAGCUACUUACGAAUUCCAACCUGAGGUACUGGAUCUUCAAUAUGCAACCAAUGUUGAAGAAAUAUAUAAUAAACCAGAUUCAGUAUCUUCGUUAUACUAUGAUGUGAACGUAACGUCGAAUUUGGAUAACAGUGAAAGAGGACCGUGUGACCCUGGAUAUACUUAUAAUGCUGUAACCAAUUUAUGCGACGACGUGGACGAGUGCACGGUGCGUAGCAACGCCUGCCACGCCAGCCAGCGCUGCGCCAACACGCCGGGCGGCUACCGCUGCGGCUGCGCACCCGGCUACCACGCACUCGCCGCCGGCGCACGCUGCCUCGACGUGAACGAGUGCGCGGUGGGCACGCACGCGUGCGAGUUCGCGUGCGUGAACGUGUCGGGCGGCUACGUGUGCGGCUGCCCGCCGCGACACCGCCUGCACGCCGACCGCCGCCGCUGCCUGCCGCACUACUAGCCAACACUACCACUACACUUUGAAAAUUUCACAUAUAACAAGUGGAAUAGCUUACUGCUACGUGAAAUCAUUUGUCACUCCAGCUACAUAAUAUUGACUGUUACUAAAUUACUCUAAAUGAAAACGUAAAUAAUUGCCGAGUUCGGAUUUCUUCGUCAGUCAUCGACUAGUCUCGGUUAGCAUUGAAGUAAAAUAAGGGAAAUCACAGUAAACGGCCACUGGACCGUACAGGGUGAGAAUAAAGACUUUGUCACACCAGACCAGAGGGAGAUUUUGUACAAAAGUCGUUUACUUGGGUCCCAUUCGUAUUUCAAUCGUGAAGCAGUUAUGUUUGCAUGGCUGUGUUUCGGUUUGAAGGGUGGUAUAUGGCGUGAAUUUACAGGGUACAGAAGAAUAACACCUGAGUCCUCAGGAAUGGCAACGCAUGGGGGGUAUCAUGGGCAAAACAGUAUACUCUGUUAUUUCUACGGUACUGCUCAUGUCUAUAGGCGACGGUACUUUCCAUCAGGUGGACCAUCAGCUUGUUUGCUAUUCUAAAUAGUAUAAAAAAAACACAUAACAUAGAUAAAUUUUUGUUUUAACUAUCUUGUGGCAAUCCUUACACAUUUGUCGGCAUAUCAAAAGAGGUUUCCUUCUGGGUAUAUUCUGUAGUACUAAGUUACACGAGUGACGAUUUCAAGUCGAAUUAAAAAUAUUAAAAAUGUUCAUUUCUUAGAUUAAUGUUUAUUUUAUACAAUUAAAAAUACAAUUUCGUCCGCAUCUGUUUAUUGUAUUAUAAUGUAAACAUAGGUAUUUAAGCUUUAUACAAUAAGUAAUUAUACAAUAGUGUACCUUCUAGAUAAUUAAUUAAUAUAUUUUAUUCGUGCUUAAAAAGGUUUUUUAU